UCUUUUGCAUCAAUCUUCUGGCUCAAGAGGCAUGGUCUCAUGCCUGGUCUUACGUUCUCCAAUGGGCUCAUCAGCCAUGAUGAAGGUAUGCACACUGAUUUUACUUACUUGCUCUUUAGCCACCUCAAGUGUCGUCCGCACCCUGAUACUGUCAAGUGUAUCAUUACUCAGGCUGUCAUCAUCGAGCAGGAAUUCUUGACUGAUGCUCUCCCUGUCAGCCUCAUGGGCAUGAAUGCUAAGCUCAUGUGCCAGUACAUCGAGUUCAUUGCAGACCACUUGUUGGUGUCACUAGGCAACGACAAGGUGUACAAUGCCACAAACCCAUUCAAUUUCAUGGACAUGAUCUCACUACAGGGCAAGACCAACUUCUUUGAAAAGCAUGUGUUGGACUACUCAAAGGCGAACAUCAGCCAUACAAAUGCUAAGACCAAUCAGGUGUCAAGUAAGACUUUGUGAGUUUAACUAUCUUUCUGGUAGACCUUGUCUGACAAUGUUUCAUCCUGUUCUCUUGUUUGCAUAUAUUACACUUAUCCCAUGCACUAUACCAUACAC